UAUAUUCAAAUCUCAUAAAGCAGAGAUAGCCGACCCAAGUUACCAGUCACUACGCGGACAGCCACCUGUGAGGGAGGCCGCUCUCUAUCCUCACCACACCAGAGUCAAAACAAAAACGGGGACCAUGAGGACGACGGGAUUGCUGCUGCUGGCGUUAGUGUUCGCCAGUGUGCACGCCGAUGAUGACGACAUGGUGGUUUCUUACCGGACUGGAGAUCUUAUUAACCUUAAGGUGCUGGAGAUCAGGGAGGUGAUGCAGGAGUCCUCCACUGAUGACAGAAACCACAGCAUCAAAGUCAGCCUCGCAGACCACGACCCUAUCCCAAACCUUAGGUCUUGGACACUAAUAAUCAUUGGCAACGAACGCAAAGUCUACACUCAAGAGGCUGGUGACUCACAAACUGAACUGGAGUUUUAUGGAGAUAUAAAUGUUUUGAAGAAUGUAUUCGUACUUGGAAAUGACAAAUCUAAUAACACAGUGGCUGUCUACUACGGGAUUAUGAAUAUAACUAUGACAUCACGGCUGGCCUGGGUAGGGGAUGCCUACCAUACUGGAGGUGCUUCUUUACGAGUGGACACGGGUGACCUAGAGGAGGUGGAGGCAGGGAUAAAGGUGUGCAGGAAGGAGCAUAGUCCUUGUUACUUCAUUGGCGUUCCACUGCCAGAGGACAUUCCCCGUUGUUAUGCCUCCACCGAUGAGAGUAACCCCAUAAAGGUGUGCGACGAAACCAUCACCAAGUUCAAGGAAAUCCGUGAGCCAGUUCACCUGGAGCGGUCAGGAAACAACCUGACGGUACACGUGACCUUCUCCACGACGCCCACCAAGGUGGAGGUGUUGGUGUUCGACGUCAAUAACCCGACAAAUGUGUUGUCUCCUGAGAACUACCAGUGCCAGGCAAUGAAUGAGCCCCGCCAGGUUCACUGUAUGCAGCAGCUGGUGGCCGCUGACCACAUCCAGACACUGAUGGUCCUCGUGGUCGGCCUCGACGACAACGGCUACGUCCUCGAGUCCUCCUUCGCCAUUUAUGGUGACACCCCUUCCGAGGACAAGACUGGGCUCAUCGUGGGAAGUGUCUUCGGAGUGCUGUGUGGCGUCGCUAUCAUUGCCUUCAUUGUCUGUACUGUCAUGAAGAAGAAGAAGAAGAAGGGGGGCAGUUCAGCGACACGGGUGGCAGGAGAGUACGAGCGAACUGCCACACAAGAGCCGCCGUCUCGAGAAGAAGCCUAGACCGAUACACCGUCAAGUGAUCAUUCAGGAGGAAAUCGGUCUUAGCAAACAGAGGGCGUCCUAGACCUACAAAAAAUAAACAGAAGAAACGCUCGCCCAAGGAACAGCAGCAGCAGGAAAUAUAAACAGCUGAACAGACUCACAUUUCUCGCAGCGAUAUUACCCCACCACGGUCUGUGUAGCCUACUGACUGUUAUCAUCACUAAUGUAGUACAGCUUGACACAGCUACAGGUAGUGGUGGUCUGUCUAACAUUACCGCAACACAUUAUAUAUAUUAUACUGCAAAUGUAAAAUAAUUUUUAUGCUUUCACCGAACAAGUUAGUACUUAUGUCAAGAUGAAUGACACAGUUUGCGUCAACGGUUUUCCAAAAUUAAAUCAUAUCUGUUAAAAAUUAAUAACAAUAGUAUUCCCCCAAGAGAAGCUUUUAUCUUUAUGAUAGUGACUUGUUACUGUUAAGUAUUCAGUUGUAUGAAAGUGAAUUUAGACCCGAGUGUAUUUAUUCUUUUAGAAUACUCGCUUAAAGAUUUCAUUAUUUGUUGUAGCACAGAAAUACUGUACAUGGUAACAACAUCUGAACUACAGUAUAUUAAUCUGUAAGAGUUCACUGUGGGUAAUGUAUUAUAAGAUCAGCCAUUUAAUAACUAGUGUAUGUACUGUACUAACAUAGAGUGUGCGCUUAACCUAAGAUUGACCUAACCUAACCUUAGGUCAAGCACGAUACGAUAGUUGUUGUCUAGUGUAAAAGCCUAGUUAAAGAACAGUACACGCUUGGAGGCAUUGGUAGAAAAUGCAUAGAUAUAAAUAUUAAAUAUAUUACUUUUUUUUCUUUUUUUCUUAAACAUUAGAUGACUUUUUCUUAUCUGGAAUCUCAAUAAAUUUUUCCUUCAGUUUUAGCACACUUUCUGUUUCAAUAAAUACUGUAAGUAACUAUAACAAUUGGUGUCGCCUCUAAAACCAUUACCAAAAUGACAUAUUUGUAACCAAUCAAGAGAAUUACAAAUAUUUGGUGAACUUUGUCCUUAAUAAAAGUUUCUCAGUGCUAUGUCAGUGAUUAGUGAGGACACAAACAUUAGUAAUAAUAUGUGUGUAAUUAGUUAAUUGUCCAUGUAAAAUAUAAAUUAGAUUUUCUUAAUAAAAAUGUAAUGGUGA